AUGGGAAAGCAUGUCAAUUGUCAGCAGUCCGAUAAUAAAUGGCGCGUGCGGCUAUUCGGUAACAAUCAUACACACAAGCGUGCUCGCGUACCAAUACGAUUAAUACUUGCAUUGGUCUUUGUGGCCAUUAUUGUGCCCGCAGCAGCGCUUGACGAACCACACACCCUGGCUCCAACCGCAGCUGGUCAACACUACCGUUAUUAUGUUCCGAUUGGAUUCUUCGUUACGCUCUUUUUGUUGAUUGGACAAUCCGUCACUGUCUUCUCGAGUACCCUUGUGGGGCCGAUGAUGGGUAUUACCAGUGUGUUGUGGCUCAUGAUGCGCAACGACAGUGCCAUCAGCCCCAAAGUGUCUUGGAUGGUUUUUGGGAUAUGGUCCUGGUUGACAGCCAUAUAUUUCCUCGUGCAAUGCCAACGGGUGUCAAAUCAUCGUUUAUACAUCCUCUGCACGAUUGCAUUGGCCUCUGUAUGCAUGGGUCUUAUUGCAAUGGCCCAAAAAUCGUCGUUGCAAGGUGGCCUAGUCACCGCGAUACCGACUUGUACCUCCUUCGCCGCAUACGUUGUAGCAUAUUGCUUCCCCGACGGACGUAAACGAGAUUCUGAUGGAUGGACUGCAAUGGCAUAA